AUGUCGGGUACCUUUCGACUGCUGACCCCGGCCAGUGACCCUCACGGGCUGCUGGCAGGGCUGCACCUGCCCCCGGGGGUCUCGGGCACGGGGGCCAGCGAGGCAGACGCGGCCAUCCGCCGCGCGGCCGAAGCCACCCGCGCCGCUCACUUUGGCUUGCCGGUGUACAUGAGCGCCGCCGAUGCCGGGGCCGUGUUUGGCGCUGCCGGCGGCGGUGGUGGUGGUGGUGGUGGUGGCACCGGCAGCCGGCCGGGUGCGCCUUGCCAGGGCGGCCCGCUCGAGGUGAGCGUGGUGCUGACGGAUGGCCGGGUCCUGGGCCGGGGGGUUGGCCUGGAGGCGUGUCCCUCGCUGCGGGGCCCCGGGCUGCUGGCCAGCACGCCAGUCGGCGCCGGGCAAAUGUACCGGGUGAGCUUCCACGAGGCCGUCCCGGCCGGCAGUGUGUACAUCGACACGCAGGCUCCCUCCUUUCGGCUGGCGGUCGGGCGCUUUGGCCGGCUUUUCCCCGGCCCGGGCCAGGUCCGGCUGCUGGCCCGCGGCCAGGCGCUGUGCCCCGGUCCCGGUGGAUCCGGGCCGUGUGCCGGGUGUGGCGGGGAUGCGGGCUCCCCGGCGGCCGACCCGGCGGGCAGCCUGGCCACCGGGCACCUCACCACCGACCCGCACUACCAGCAGCUGCUGGCAUUGCUGGCGGCGCCGCUCAACCAUGCCGAGCAUUUUGCCGCGCUCGGCCUGCAGGGGGUCCGUGGUGUCCUGCUGCACGGGCCGCCCGGCGUCGGCAAGACGCACCUCGUCCGGGGGGUGGCCCUGGCCCUGGGGGCGCUGCUGCUGCCGGUGGACCCGAGCGCCGUCCUGUCGUCGGUCACCGGCGAGAGUGAGCGCCGGCUGCGCGAGUGCUUCGACCGGGCCCGGCGCUUUGCCGCCGAGUCCGGCUCGCCGUGCAUCAUUUUCAUCGAUGAGAUUGACGCCCUCUGCCCGGCGCGGUCACUUGACGGCAGUGGCUCUGCCUCCGGCACCACCACGCGUGUCAUCGCCCAAUUGCUGACCUUGAUGGAUGGGUUCCACGCGCGCAGCGACGCGGCCCGGGUCGGCGGCCCGGGGGGGUGCCUUCGUGGGGAGGUUGUCGUCGUGGCGGCCACCAACCGGCCGGAUGCCGUGGACCCGGCCCUUCGCCGGCCCGGGCGCUUUGACCGCGAGGUGGGCAUCGCGCCGCCGGAUGCGCGGGCCCGGGCGCGCCUCCUCCGGGCCCUGGUCGGGGCCACGCUCGGCCAUGGGGCCGCGCCUCCACCCGGCGGCCCGGCCGUCCUGGAGGGGGGCUUCCUGGCGGAGCUGGCCACCCGGUGCAUUGGCUUCGUGGCGGCGGAUUUGGCGGCGCUGGUCCGGGCGGCGGCCUUGCGUGCGCUGGACCGGCUUGGCGCCGGGGAGCCGGGGCCCAGCGGCCUCCUGACCCUCGAGCCGGCGGACCUCUGGGCGGCCCUCCGGUCGGGCGAGGUGCAGCCGUCGCUCAUCCGCGACAUGGCGGCCGGGGUGGAGCUCGGAGCGCCGAUCACCUGGGCCGACAUCGGCGGCCUGGACAGCGUGAAGCAUAAGCUCCGCCAGUCGAUCGAGUGGCCGGUCCUCCACCGGCAGGCGUUCCUGCGGCUCGGCCUGACCCCACCGCGGGGCGUCCUGCUGUAUGGCCCGCCUGGCUGCUCGAAGACCACCAUGGCCCGGUGCAUCGCCCACUCGACCGGGUCCUCGUUCAUUUCGCUCAGCGGUGCGGCGGCCAUCUACUCGCCGUACGUCGGCGAGGCCGAGCGUGUCGUCCGCGAUACCUUUGCCAAGGCGCGCCUGGCCCCGCCAUCGGUGAUCUUCAUCGACGAGAUUGAUGCGCUGGUCGGGCGCCGGGACCUGGAGGGUGGCGCUGGCGGGUCCGAGGGCGGGGGCGUCUCGGACCGUGUGCUAGCCACGUUGCUCAAUGAGAUGGACGGUGUGGAUCCCGCGACCGGGGUCUUGCUCCUGGCUGCCACCAACCGACCAGACAUGCUGGAUCCGGCGCUCCUGCGCCCUGGCCGGUUCGACCUGCAGAUCUUGGUCCCGCCGCCGGACACGGCCGACGCGCGGGAGGAAAUCCUCCGAGUGCAUGCGCGGCGGACCGGGCUGGCCGAGGAUGUGUCCCUCCGACAGACGGACCGGUAUACCGGUGCCGAGCUGGAGGCCGUCGUGCGGGAGGCCGCAUAUUCGGCCCUGCGGCGGCACCUCCUGGCCGCCGGGGUGGAUGCGCCCCUGCCGGAGGGCGAGGCAGCCAUCACGGUCGGCAUGGCGGACUUCCUGGGUGCACUGGACACCGUGCGACCGGCGCUGGCCGGUGUCGCCACGGUGGGCGAAUAA